AUGCGUUACACUCAGCUCAUCCUCUCUCUCUUCCUCUUCUUCACCUUCGUCAUUGCUCUGCCUGCGCCGGCGCCGGUUGAUGCCGUUGCCGCGCGAGACACCACCGACAAGAACAACAAGGACGGCGACAAGGCUACGAAAUCCAAGAACAACAACAACAAAGGCGACAAAAACAAGUCCAAGGCUACGAAGAACAAUGGAAACGAUAAGCCCACCAAGGAGGAAUGCGAUGCUGCCAAGAAGUUGGCCAGUGGCAUAAAAAAGAACAUUGACAUCCAGAACCAGGAGCUAAAGGACCUCAGCGCGUUGAAGAAGACCCUAACUGGCAGCGACACGUCUGGCUUUGCUGCUGCAAAGACCAAGCUUGCCGCAACUGUCGACAGUGGCAUCAAGCAACGCGUGGAAAACCAGAGCAUUAUGCUCAAGAACAGCGCUGCGCGUGAUGGUUUGGCAAAGGUCGAAAAAGCGCAGGGUGAUGAGAAGAAGCUGGUAGCGGGUCUCAAGGGUGACAAAAGUGACCUUGACACCAUUACCACUCUGGAGGGAGAUUUCAAGGGAGGCAUCAAGCAGAACGAGCAGAACAGGAAGGAUGCUCUCAAGGGCUGCUAA